AUGGCCGAUAUCCAGGAGCGCUUGAAGAAGCUUGGCGCUGUGUCGCGUACCGGUAUGUUGAACAUCUGCCUGGCUGCGCACUCUGGCAAGGGCACGCCCCGGAGAAAGGUCAAGCGCACGCCUGGGCGGUCCGCUGCCGACGACAAGAAGCUGCAGCUGAGCUUGAAGAAGCUGAACGUGCAGCCGAUCAACCAGAUCGAGGAGGUCAACAUGUUCAAGAGCGAUGGCAAUGUCAUCCACUUUGCCGCCCCCAAGGUUCACGCUUCCGUCCCCUCCAACACCUUUGCCAUCUACGGCAACGGCGAGGACAAGGAGCUCACAGACCUCGUCCCCGGCAUCCUGAACCAGCUGGGCCCUGAUUCGCUUGCCUCUCUCCGUAAGCUGGCUGAGAGCUACCAGAACAUGCAAAAAGCUGGCGAGGACGCCGAGAAGGACGGUGCCGCGGACGCCGAGGAUGACGAUGCCAUCCCAGACCUCGUUGACCGCACAUUCGAGGACAAGGUGGAGUAG